CUGCCUAUAAAAAAUCUUCGGAGCGUCACCCCACUGCUCAUGGCCGCAAAAUAACUUAGAAGGGGGGAAACGAAACUAGGUUUCAGCAACUGAAAAUCGAACUUCAAAUACUAAUUCAAUGGCAGGUUCUACUGGUGGCACCGGUUCUUCCAGUUCCUCACCGGUCCCUCCGGCUCCUAAAAUUCUAUUGGCUAAGCCCGGACUGGUUACCACUGGACCUGUGGUCGGUAAAUUUGGACGCGGCGGUGCUGAAGACGAAACGGUGCCACAUCGGUCUCGUCUGCCUGCAAUUGGGUCUCUCAAUCUCCUCUCUGAUUCCUGGGAAUUCUACAUUGAUCGCUUUCUCCCUUUUCUGACUGAGAAUGCAGAUUUCACUGUGAUAGGGGUAAUUGGGUCACCUGGAGUUGGCAAGUCCACCAUCAUGAAUGAGCUAUACGGUUUUGAUGCGGGUUCACCCGGAAUGUUGCCACCAUUUAGUGUACAGUCAGAAGAUAACAGAGCAAUGGCAAGACAUUGUAGCGUAGGCAUUGAACCAAGGAUAUCUGCUGAGCGGCUUAUACUUCUAGACACCCAGCCUGUUUUUAGCCCAUCUGUAUUAGCUGAGAUGAUGAGACCUGAUGGUUCUUCAACAAUUUCAGUUUUAAGUGGUGAAAAUCUAUCUGCUGAAUUAGCACAUGAACUUAUGGCUAUUCAGCUUGGCGUUCUUCUAGCAUCCAUUUGUCACAUUCUGCUUCUGGUGUCAGAUGGAGUUCAUGAUGAUAAUAUGUGGCGUUUGAUGUUGACGGUUGACCUGUUGAAACAUGGUAUACCUGAUCCAUCUUCACAUUUGCAGAGCUCAACUGGGGGGCCUGAAAGAGAAAAUAAAGAUAAACUCUUUGAGGGUGAAGAAUAUAUGGCUACUCCAGUCUUUGUGCAUACAAAAUUGCAAGAUCAAAAUGUUACCCCACUCAACUUAGUGCAAAUGAGGAAGGCACUUGCACAAUAUUUCAGCUCCUCUUCAUUCAUCAGAGGGAGAUGGGGAAACAUGAGAAAGGAAAAUUUCUUUUCUUCCACGGCUUCUAGUACUAGUAAUGAUUUUCAUGCUAUGCCACUGAAUUUAUUUUUAAUCCCAUCUAAAAACAAAGAUGACUUGCCAAGGGCCCAGCAUGAAAGUUACAACUCUGCAUUAUGGAAACUGCGAGAUGAGGUUUUAUCCAUGAACUGUCCUUCCUUUGCAAGGACUUUCUCAGAACGUGACUGGCUGAAAAAUUCUGCAAAGAUAUGGGAACAAGUUAAAAGCUCAGCUGUCAUUGCUGAGUAUAGCCGAACACUUCAAAAUUCAGGCAUGUUUAGGAGGUAGCAGCCCCAAUGUGCUUUGUUUUGCUCUCUCUGUACCAGAAAUUUUCAAUAUACACAAUUCCCGUGUACUGUAUUAUGUCAGCAUUUGAAGGCCUUGGAAUGAAUGGAUGGUAAGAGGUUGAUAGCCGAGUUGAUUCUUUCGCUUUCUAGUUGUUAGGUAGCAAUUAAGCUUCCUAGUUUUCUCCUUUAAGCGUUGUAGGGCAACUCAACCUUCUAACCCAAAGAAGCACAAAGAAUUAAAGCAAAUGUUUAUUCCAUUGCCUACACAUUUUUAUUUGUGUACUUAAUAUGAUCAGCAUUUCAGUUU